GCAGCAGACGACCUGCAGAGGCACAGAGAUCUGCAGCAGCACAGAGACCUGCAGCAGCGCAGCCUCUGUCCAACGCCGGCUGCCAUCACUCUCACCUUUGACUGCAGGACACCUGGACAACUGCUGGAGCUGCAUCUGGACUUAAAGGAGUUUUUAAACUGAGGAGCUAAAAACUCAAGAUCUGGAUGUCUUCUGGCUUUGUUCCCUUGAGGUGUCUUCACCUGGAUUGUGUCUCCUGAGUGUUUGUGUCAGACUGGAACAUUAAGAACUUCAAAAACAGGACAUCAGUGAAUAUCUUUCUGUAGCUUUGUGUUUUCCUCGGUGUGGAGCGACUGCUGUGGAGAAAGGAUGUUCUGCUCCAGGAGAGUCCUGCAGCAGUGGCUCUUCGCUCUGUUCCUGCUCUGCUCUCCGGUGCCGCACUACGGACGGCCGAUCGAUGCCCUCAGCAACAGAAUAAAACGGUCAGUGACUCACGCUCAGCUGAUGCACGACAAAGGCCGGGCGCUGCAGGACUUUAAACGUCGCAUGUGGCUGCAGGAGCUUUUGGAUGAAGUCCACACAGCAGAGAUACGUGACCUCCCGGUGCAGACCACCGGUGGAGGCGGCAGCAGCAGCGGCGUCGGGCUGCCGGGGGUCAGCCUGGGUAUCAACCUGAGCACCACCGGCAGCACCCUGCACUCCAAACCCCCCGGAGGGACCAAGAACCUCCCCAUCAGCUUCAGGCUGGAGGAAGAGGAGGGCACCAACCUGCCACAGGAGACCAACAAGUCUCAGACGUACAAAGACGGCGUGCUGAAAGCGCCCGGGAAGAAGAAGAAGAAAGGGAGGUCCGGGAAGAGGCGGGAAGGAGAGAAGAGGAAGAGGAGGGCGCGUUCGUUGGGGUGGAGGAUGGAGGAAGAAGUGGGAAAUGGACUCCACCUGGAGUGGAGGUCUCUGCUCGGCCUGCAGAGGGCGCUGCUUUAAAACGCUGUCAGUCUCUGACAAAGAAACCUACGGACAGUUGGACUGGACUCCUAAAUUCUCAUGUUACAGUAUUCUGUAGUCGUGAUUGUUUGGAAAGAAAUUGGAAAAUAUUUAUUGUCUGUAAAUAUUCUAAAUAUAGCAGAAUAAAUAGCAGAAUAUGACAAAAAAAAACUUAUUUGAUGCUCUGUGAGGCAACAGAUUUUAAUCUUUGUGAAUCCUUGCUUUUUCCUGUUUUUAUUCCAAAUAUGUCAGAUUUUUUUUGCGGUAAUUUAUUUUGUCUGAAUGGUGUAUUUAUUUUGUAAAUGUAUCGAGGUGCUGCUGACCUUCUAUAUUUUUGUACCAUAUUGCACUUUAGAUAUAUAAAUAUAAAUAUAUAUACCAUUAAUUUUGUUCAUUGUUCAUGUGGUUGAUUGAAAUGAAGAAAAAACGACGGUCGUCACUCUGUGUUAUUUGUCAGUUUGAUUUUGGACUUUUCGCUCUGUUCAGUUUUUUGUUUCUUUGCUGCUGUUUGUUCGGAUGUUUUCGACUCUGAUCGAAGCUGUUUGUUGUCUCACUUUUGUCUUCGACCCUCCUGCUGCCUUCAGUGUCUCUGUUUCCUGCACGGCCCGCUCUGCUUCUCAAUGCCAAAGUUCAUAUUUGUACAUAAACCAAACACGGCUCAAUAUUGUUGUUUUUGGCACUUGCACUGAGAUAAACACCCUGUACUGAACGGAUUAAACAUUUGACAGUA